AUGGCAUUCCCUCUUCUAUACAGCGACAACUUGAUCCUGCGGUUGGCAAAGGCAGCAGGUGAAGUUCUGGGAAAGACCCACGAUGAGCUCAUGUACGCCUUUGGGGUCUAUAUGGUCAAGAGGAUUGGAAACUAUGGAUAUGAGCGGAUUCUGAAGGUUUUGGGACGAAAUGUGCGGGACUUCAUCAAUGAGUUGGACAACCUGCACGAGUACUUCCGCUUCUCUUUCCCAAAAGUGCAGCCACCAAGUUUCUGUGUAGAGGAGGAAUGUGAGACGAGCCUCACGCUGCACUACCGCAGCACCCGCAAGGGCUUCACCCAGUUUGUCAAAGGGCAGCUCUCCCAAGUGGGACGACAAUUCUACAGCACAGAUAUUGAAGUGGAAAUCCUGUCUAAGGAGGAAACUGAGAAAAUGACAUAUGUGGUGUAUAAGAUGAACUUUGACAACGCUGCCUUCAAGCACCGCAUGCCACAGCAGAAGACGGCUCCGAGUUACGAAAAGCUGCCGAUGAAGCGAGGUAUCUUCUUUGACAUGUUUCCUUUCAGCGUCAUUUUCCGGCGCGACAUGACCAUGUACCGCAUCGGUGACGGCCUCAAAGAGGUCUUCUCUGACCUCCAAGGCAAGAAGGUCAAUGAAGAGUUCACUCUGGUCAGACCAAUGCUGGAGUUCAGCUGGGAUAAUAUCUACACCCAUCUGAACAAUGUGUUUGAGCUUUUGUCUAAAGCUGUGGUGGAAAGCAAGCAGAAGGUCAACAUUCCGAAACUCAAGCCAAAGGCAACGGAGGAAAUGAAAGGCACAGACCAAGAGUACAGCAGCGCUCUCACUCAGUACAAUAGUUCUGCCAACUCCGGAGGCGAGGACAUCGAAUUGUUGGCAUUCCAGACUGUCACUGGAAAGUGCAGUGAGACCAUCUUUGAGGACAUGCGGGAGCCUCCUAAGAAGCCUCUACACCUGAAGGGCCAGAUGAAGUAUGUCCCCCAGUGGGACUCUCUCAUCUUCCUGGGGACACCCAUUAUAGAGACUGUGGAGGACAUGAUAAAAAUGGGUGUUUAUGUGAACGAUCUGAACCUGCACGAUUCUAGCAGAGAGUUGAUUUUGGCUGGAACACAGCAAUCAGCUGAGCUGCAGCUGGCCCUCGAUCAGGAGCAACAAAAAUAUGCUCAGCUGCAGGAAAUUAUCAAGAAGCUGGACGAAGAAAAGAAGAGAGGAGAUUCGCUGCUGUACGCCAUGAUCCCCAAAGCCGUUGCUGACCGCCUCAGAAAGGGAAUCACUGCUCUGGAGACAUGCCAGGUCUUCCCAGAUGUGACCAUCCUGUUCAGUGACGUGGUCAAGUUUAAUGAGAUCUGCAUCCACAUUACACCCAUGCAGGUGGUGGACAUGCUCAAUGAGAUCUACAUCGUCUUCGACACGCUAAGCGAGAAACACAACGUCUACAAAGUGGAAACAAUCCGUGAUGCCUACAUGGUGGUGGCAGGUGUGCCUAACAAGACCACCUUUCAUGCACACCAUAUCUGUGACAUGGCCCUGGACAUGCUGAGCUCCAUUGACCACCUUAAGGAUCCUUCUACCGGGGAUAACAUCCAGAUCAGAGUUGGUAUUCAUUCAGGUAUGGUGGUAGCUGGCGUUGUGGGUCUGAAGAUGCCUCGAUACUGUCUAUUUGGCGACACUGGCAUGCAGAUCCACAUCAGUCAGACCACCAAAGACCACCUGGAGCACGAGCCCUAUAUCAUUGAGGAGAGGGGCAAAAUCUUUGUAAAGGGUAAAGGCUACAUGAAAACCUACUGGCUCAAAGGAAAGAAAGAUCUAUCAUUCAAGACCCCGGCAGAGCUGCGCUACAGCAGUGAACAGAAAGACUCUGAGGACAAGAGCUCUAAUGGCUCCACAAGCACCAAUGCUAAACUCAUGGCCUCUAACCUGCACAUCACUGGCAACGAGGAGCAAGCAGAAGGGAAACCAAGUCCAAGCGACCUUCCCCGUGACACCCUGCCUACACCAGAGGCUGCUAAUGAGCCCCCUACCACGUCAGCCAAGUGUCAGGAGAAGGAGAAAGCCCAAAAGACGAAGAACAACAAGGGGGAGAAGUUGGAUGUUCCCCAGGGAAAGACGAUGCCAGAGUCUUCAUCCCCUGCUGAUGGGCUGGAGAACCCCGGGCCUUUACUCAACAAUAAGAGAAACAGCUUCAAACAGCAGUACGUCAAACUGCCCGCCAACCUGCCUCUGCGCAGUGCUGCCUGCUGCAUCCUAUGA